CGACACAUCUCUUCUCUCUCCUCCCCCAUCAUUCAUAUCUUCUUUUUUUCUGCCGACCCAUCUCUUCUCUCCCAUCCCUCUCCCUCAAUCAUUCACCUUCUCUCCUCCAUUCUCUGCAUCUAAUUUUUUCAAGGUUCCAGCAGAUUUAGAUCCCAACCGAACUAAGCAGAAGAGCAAUGGUCAUGGAAAUAUGCUAGAGGCGAAGCUAGAAACGAGAGCUAGAGGGGCAGCAUUAAAAUAUAUCCUAUACAUCUACUUUGAAAAUUCCGGCAAAGAGGGCGCUGGCACCGGUUGCCCCGACAAGCCCCGGCCUGAUAGCAAUCUAGCAAAUUAGAGACCUGCAACCAACUGGCCGGAAUGCGGUGGUGGGAGCGCAGCGGCUCAAGAAGAUGCAAGCUGCAGACGGCGGCAGUAGCGGCGGUGGCGGCCAGCGCUGGAGACGGCGGCAGUGGCGGCGGCGGUGGCCGACGCUGGAGACAGCACCGCCGUCGGAGAUGAUGGUGGUUCGGCACUGGAUCUUGUUCUCGCAUGUGGACUGCAUCUCUUUAAUUUUUUUUAAUUUUUUUUGUUCUUUGAAAUGCAGAGGAUUAAUUACUUCAGAUUUGUUCGGCACUGGAUCUUGUUUGAUACUUCUAUUAUUAAUUAAAAAGUCAGAUAUGUUCAUUAAGGGUAGUUUUGUCAAAACAAAUCUUUUUACUCCUAUGAAACAUUAAGGUCCUAUUGAUUGCAUUUUUAUCCUCUUUUAGUCCUAGUUAGGGGAUUAUCUCUUUCUUUUGUAAGAAAUAAUUUUUUACAUAAUACAUAUUAGUGAUUGAAUUACUUUAGA